AUGUAUUUGUCAGCACCGUUAUCGAGCACAGGUACUCUGAUGGAGCAAAGUGUUUUCCCCUUGUUUUUGCUACGGAUCAUACUUUCUGUCAUUGGCAUUUUAGGAAAUGGGUUCUUGAUCAUAUCUGUCCUUCAUUUGACACGAGUGAAGACAUUUGAAGUGUUCCUGCUUGGACUGGCUAUCGCAAACCUUGGGGAAAUUAUGCUUGUGGACAUCUACGAUGCCAUUAUCCAAUCUAUGCACAAUCUGAACAUUUCAUGCAUUGUGCUCAAACUUUUAAAGAUCUGUGGAGAAAAUGUCAGCAUCUUUUUCACAGUGCUUAUCUGCAUCUACCGCUAUCAGAAGAUACACAACGCAGCCAUGAGGAUAAUCGCACCUAUCUUUAUGGAUAGCAGGGAUGCUGCCAUUGGUCUUAGUGUGGGAUGCGUUUUGAUAGCUUUGCUUUUCAGUCUUCCGACUUACUUCUUAACUCACGACACUUUGCCUAUGAAAAAUUCUACUAGAGAACUCUGUCCAGCAGAUUUUUUCCUGUGUUCAGAAGACAACUGUCCAACUUUAAACAACAUUUACCGAUACCUAUAUAUCAUCAUCUGUCAUGUUUUGCCUCUCAUCAUUGUCACAUGGACAAGUCUCUUAAUCAUCAAGAUUUUAUUUAUUCAGCAAAAGGCGGUGGAUGCACAUCAUGAGUCAGAUGCCACAGUUGCCCACAACCACCAUCAUCAUCAUCAUCAUCAUCAUGAGCAUGAUGUGUUCCAUCGGAGCACCAUCGGCAUUCUGGCUGCAAUGACACUCUUCCAGGUGGACUGCAUUUUAUAUCUGAUCCUUCACUUAGUGUUUAGUCCAUAUGACUUUCCUGCUUGGUCUCAGCUGGAGUUCUUCAUUGCAACGUUAUAUACAGGUAUCAUCCCGUAUAUUUAUGGUAUGGGACAUAAUUUUUUCAGCGUGAAGCACUUCAUGAAAGAAUGA